AUGAUUUCUCGCAAUAUUCAAAAUUUGGUAAUUUCAAAAGAAAAUAAAGAAGAUGCAAAAAAUGACACAGAAAUCUGUGUGUGAACUAAUCAAUUUUCUGAAAGUAGAAGAAGAAGCCUAGCUACCCACUUGAGCACCGAAAGUGACUUUACAGAUGAUUUUAAAAAUGCUUUUGAUGAUAGAACUCAACCAUCAGCUGCACUAUCAGCACUCCCAUUUGCCCCGAACCCAAAUAUCCUAGGUCUUGCUAGCAACAAUCCAAACCUGCUAUCCAAUCCAGCUGAAACGCCUCAAUUCACAAUAAAAAAUUCACUAGAUACUCAUCCUCGUUCAAGUCUAAGCUCAACUGACUUUGAUUAUAAAAUGAUUGAUUAGAUUAAUUAGCUAGCGGGUCACGGAGGUUUAUUUCAGCCUCUACCCAGCACUGCCAGCUUCAGGCUCGCGCCCUAUGCACCGGCUCUGUAGCUCACUCCAUUUUCUGUCGACGUCACCAAAAAAUGGUGACGUCGCCAUCUAACAGGGAGACUCACCCAGGUACUCCUUGAUCAGGAGUCUAGUGACCCGGCGCCUUCCUUUCCGGGGAGGGAGAAAAGUAGCCUCCCUGAGUCUCCUUCAGGUCCCCGAAGCUCCCCACAUAAAGAUCUUCCUCACUUCCCUUCUAGUCCUGAAGUUUGACUCCUGAUACAUCGGCUCUGGUCUUCUUGUCUCUGUGAGAGGUAAAAAACCUUGUCGUGGUGUCCCGACCAAGGUAAAAAAACCCACCCUGGACACAAUACCCAGGCCCCGUUUACUUCUUAAACCCGUAGUCCCUGAGGGUACAGGAGAAGGACGGGUCGGGUGGCUCGCCAUUUUAAUUGUGUAAAAUGAUUGAAGAAGUUGACAAAAGAAACACUCCACCAUCAAAACGCAGAAUAAUCACAAGUGACCCUGCAAAACUAUGAAAAGCUCUCGAAAGCCUAGAAAUGGAUUUACUGAGAAAAAUUGAUAUCCUCACUAAAAAAAACGAAAUUUAUGAGCAAAAGCUAUCAAAUUAUGAAAGAUCAUGUAAAUACUCAAAAGAGUGCAUGCAAACCCUUUCUUUUAGAAUAGAAGAGGCUGAUAUAAAAAUCAAUGUAUUUUUCAUAUAGAACCUAAAGCAGCUCAAAGAAGCCGACCAAGUAAGACUUUGCAUAAUUGAAAACAAAUUGAAUGAUUUUGAAAAAUUGGAAAACUUUAACAGAGAAAACUUCAUCAGGAUUGAAAAAACGAUUGAUGAAAUUGAAAAGAAUAAAGAAGAAAAUUGCAAAGAGCAGGGCUAUAUAACUGAACCAUUAUUCACAGAAAGUAUCAAAAAAAUUGAAGAAGCCCAAAAAAGCUAGCUCACUCUUGAAGGAUGCUAUUUUAUUUUAAAAAAUUUAUAAAAUUUUAUAGAAAAAUUUAUAAAAUUUUAUAGAAAAAUUUAUAAAAUUUUAUAGAAAAAUUUAUAAAAUUUUAUAUAGAAAAAUUUAUAAAAUUUUAUAGAAAAAUUUAUAAAAUUUUAAGUAAAAUUUUAAUUUUAAAAAAUUUAAAAAAAUCCGAAGUAAAAAUUAAUUUAAUUUGCAAAAUUUAUGUUUUAAAAAUGCAACUGUUUAAAAUUAAACAGCUAAGCAACAGAAUAAACAAUAGUAGAGGGGGAAUCAAGGAGAUAGAGUCUGUGCUAAAAAACAAAUAUGACAAAGAAAUGAAAAUUCUCAAAAAUGAAAUCAUCAAUCUCAGUCAUCAUAACAAACUCUCAAUGGACAGUUUGCAAGAUGAAAUAGCAAGUCUAAAGAAAUAUUUAUCAGAGAAAAAGAAUGAGGAUUUGGAGUUCAUCAUUCAAAAUUUAAAUAACAAAGAGCAAGAAAAAACGGAACCUUCCUCACAAAAUUCUCAAACGCCAGAAAUCGUAAAGUUUAUCUAGAUCUCAGUUGAAAAUUCAGAUGAGGAAAACUCACAAAAGGCACCAAAAAUCCCCAGCUUUUCUUUAAGCUUUAGAAACAGGAGCGGGAUUGCCAGUGGUAUUUCAAGAUCUGCAAGCGUAAAGGAUAUAGUCCCUCCAUUAGACAUUUCAAGAACAGAGAGAAGACAUCAAGAAACAGCUAGGCCCACAUACAGAGCCCAGUCAAUUACAGAAAGAUACCAGCCUGAAGAGGAAAUAAAGAAAGUUCCAGAAGCAGUUGAAAGCAUUGUGAUUAAUUCGAUUCUAGGGAGAAUCAACAACGAAAGAACUUCUGAAGAGCUGAGGAAGAGAAGGCUUUACGCGACUAGAUCAGCUUCCCCCUUUGUUUCGCUCUCAGCCUCUCAAUCACAAGUUGGGUUUGAAUGAGAUGGAAAUUCUUCAGAGCAGCUCAAAGAAACCUUGAUGAAAAAAGGCCUCAGCUUCAAAAAUACCUGGAGACUAUAA